AGAAAUGGAAAAAAUUGUCGCCGAGUUUGAGGGCAUCAUAGUACAAGUGAUGGAGGAUUGUCAGAGCCAGAAGGAGCUGGCCAAAAAAGAAGCACAGAAGGCCUUGGAUGAAAAACAGCAGGCCGUUUCCGACCUGAAUGCCUUGGAAACCUCUUUCUCCGAAUUCUUCAACCGGUUUAAAAAACAAAAGGAGGCCAUCGAAGGAUUUCAAAAGAAUGAAGAAACUCUGAAGAAAUGCGUGCAGGAUUACCUGGAGAGGAUUAAGAAGGAGGAGCAGAGAUACCAAGCCCUGAAGGCCCACGCGGAGGAGAAGUUGGAUCAAGCCAACGAGGAGAUCGCCCAGGUGAGAAGCAAAGCCCAGUCGGAGGUGGCUGCGCUCGAUGCCAACCUGCGCAAAGAACAGAUGCGGGUCCAGUCGCUGGAGAGCAGCAUCGAGCAGAAGGUAAAAGAAAAUAAGGAACUCACAAAAAUCUGUGAGGAACUGAUCUCUAAGAUGGAAAAAUUGUGCUAGAUCUCUUCAUUCCUCCCAUUUUGUUCUCCAGUUUUGGGGUAGAUUAUUUAUUAAAUGUUUUUCUAUGCUUUAGUGUCACUAGUCUGACUAAUAUUGUUUGAUAUGAAAUAGUUCCUGUUUACUCCCAGUUGUUGUUUCUAAAAAGCAGUUGAAGAGGCGUAAAAAUGAUUUUGUGGAUAACAAGGUUUAAUGUAUUUUUUUUUCUGCAGUCUUUAAGCUACUGAUAUUUGAUAGGAUAUUUUCUGCAUUCCUGAACUCCUUUAUUGCUUCCUUAUAUUUUUUUGACAGGAAGGAAUUAGUUUCGUUUUGUAUGAAACAAAUAGAGAAAUGUAUCUUUCAUUUAAAAAUGAAUGCUUCUGAUAUUAUAUUGAUCCUUAACUGUCGUAUUCAUACAAAUCAGUAUGCAGAAGCUGAAACUGCAAAAUAUUCUGUCUCGAGCCAUUUAGCUCUCUCUCUCUUUGGUCUUUAAAAUAAAGCUGUAUAUUUUAUAACUAAAUGAAU